CACCUAUCUUCUCCUCCACCUACAACCAUCAAUAUUGUCUAGAUCUAACCAUCUUUUCUCCUCCACCCGCCGCCGCCACCACCACUCCUUAGACCUAACUAUCUUCUCCUCCACCGACAACCAUGAACAUUGUCCAGAUCUAACUAUCUUCUCCUCCAUCCACCGCCACCACUUCCACUCUCUAUGUUUUCCUGUUAGGUGAGAUUGUGGUAUUCCAAGGCACUGACGCACUGCACCAUCCGCCCUUUCCCGACGCACCACAGUCGCUGCCCAGGCCAUCCUCCUUUUACAUCUUGGACGAAGACGACGAGAUCCAAAGUCAAAGGGAGCAUAUUAGAACUAAAUGCAUAUUUCCCAGGCUUCCAUGGAAAUCUCAUUGUUCAAGUGCAGUAAGUGCGUUAAGAUAUUCAACUAGGAUUAUAGCAAGGCGCGGACGCGCCGGACCAUUCACCUUUUUCCAGCGCACCACAAUCUUUGCCCCACUUUUAGGCCAUCAUUUACAUCUUGGAACGGAGAAGACCAGAUCUAAAGUCAAAGGUGGUUUCUGUACAAUAUCCUCAGACAAGUAACCGUGGAAAAGAAAGGCAUGGCAAAACCAUUGAUCAGGAAGGCUGCAGACUGAGCUGCAAUUACUGUGGUAAGGUGGUUUCGAGUUACAACCGCCAAGAGCACCAUUUAGCAGGCAUCAGGGGCAAUGUCAGCACAAGCUUAAGGAGUUCACUUGUGGAUCGCAAGAAGAGAAAGCUUGGAUGCUCAGAAAAAUGAAGAAACGGAAGCAUGAACAUGAUGAGGUUCCUCACACAAGCCCAGCCCUUCCAUCUGCUCAAGUCCAGCAACCACAGCUACAACCAACUGUGUCCAAUAACCGCUGCUUUCUUCAUUAUCUACCGGAUUUGAGGCAGGCCAAGGAAAUCGCAUAUAAUUCUUGUCAACUGAAACCCAAGGUUGAGGUAAGUGAUUACUUCGAUUCUCCGUCAGCAAAAUUAAUAGGCAAGUUCUUCUCUGAAGCUGGACCUGAGCCUGGUGUUCUCCAUUCAUCAUCUUUGAGGGAGAUGGUUGUGUUUCCCCAAGGGCCUGGGGCUGUAAUGCCUACGUACGAAGCUGUUCUGCAGGAGCAACUAAGAGAAACUGAGAACCGCGCAAAGGAACUCAAGCAAGAGUGGCAAACAAGUGGCUGCACUGUAAUUGUGGAUAGUUGGAAGAGCAAGUGUGACAAAAGCUUCGUAAGUGUCCUGGUGCAGUGCAGCAAAGGUACGCAGUUCCUCAGAUCCAUUGAUGUCUCUGAAAUCACUGAGGACUUCGAUGAGCUAGAAUCAAUGCUUUCUUGCGUGGUUGAAGAUGUUGGUGCCCAUAACAUUGUUCAGAUUGUCAUGAAUGACGUGUCACCCCAUAUGCAGAUGGCACGGGAGUAUGUGCUAAAUAAAUAUGACAGUUUUUUCUUCGUGCUAUGUGCUGACCAUUGCAUCAACCUUCUGCUUGAGAAAAUAGCAGCGCUCGAGCAUGUCAGUGAAGUCCUAAUGAAGGCAAGGGAAAUUACAAGGUUUUUAUAUGGCCAUGCACUGCCAAUGAAAUUGAAACGAUAUGUUCAGGAGGAGAUUUUGAGCAGUUCUUAUCUGAAAUUUGUGGCAGUGUUCAUCACAUUAGAGAGGUUAGUUUCUGCAAGAGUAGGUCUGGUGCAGAUGUUCAGCUCGCCUGAAUGGGUUCCCUCGGGUUGGGCUUGUCGUGAUCUGUUCGAGCGUAUCCAGAGCAUAGUAAAGACAGACGAUACAUUUUGGCAUGCUGCUGCCAAAGUCGUGAAGGUUACAAGCCCACUUGUCAGAGUGUUGUAUAAACUGGAAUCUGAUAUCUGUCCGAUGGGUAUCUUGUAUGAAGCCAUGCAUGGUGCAAAAGAAGAGAUAUGUGUCAAUAUUGGAGAUGAAAGUGAGUUUUAUUUGCGUAUAAUUGACAAGAUAUGGGAUGGUUACUUGCAUAACCCUCUCCAUGCUGCUGGUCCGAUGCUAAACCCAAGGAUCUUUUACGCAGCUGGAUUCCACCCUUAUACUGUGAUCAGCAGUGGCAUCGCGGCCUGUAUAAUCCAACUGGGCAAGGCUCAUUACAAUCCCAUAAAAGCGUUAGCACAAUUGGAAGUGUAUGAAAAGAAAUUGGGCUAUUUCGAUACAGAUCCAGCAAAGCAGCAAAUAAUGGAAUUACCACAAGUUAAAUGGUGGUCGAAGCACGGGGCUUGCGUGCCCGACCUGCGGACCCUUGCGAGGCGUGUCCUGAGCCAGACGUGCUUCGGCGCCACCAGGUACAACAUCGACUGGAGCCUGUCGGAGAAGCUGCACGCCGAGUGGGACAAGAUGACGCUGCCCGAACAGGAGAGGUUCCGGCAGAAGGAGUACGUCCACUACAACAGCGUCCUCGCCCGCGCCUCCCCACUCCUGCACGGCUCCUCCGUGAAGCAGCACGACAGGGUCACCUUGGUGCUGCAGGACUGGAUCAGACCGCAGAAACAGGCCGCCGGUCGCCACUGAGUGAGACGGCCUUCAGUUGUGCCUGGAGCGAUGCUUUAUCGCCUCCUCAGUUUUCUUUGCUAUCUGUGUGUGCUGCUGCAAUGGUGUGCAGAAGUAAUCUGUCUGAGUGGCAAUGUCGUACUGGUACUAUCGUCGUCUCUGACGAAUCUCCAAGUUUUUAAUUUCUUGAACUCCUGCUGGGUUACCAAGUUUGUUAUGUUGUGUUGAAACCCUGCCGAAUUUCAAGUUUUUAUAAGUAUGGUUGUGGAUUA